GCUGUUGAAGCACAAUGAAGAAUGUUUGUCAGCUGACCAGAAAUGAGGUGGGCUAUGAAAUGGAUUUCGGUGUCGGUGUAACACUUCUACAAAGACAGAAGCAGCAGCCAGUGAGUCUCUAACAAUGAGCGUCACAGGAUCUGGACAGUUGGACUGAUCUCUACCAGCUACAGCAACCCUCUCCAGAUUAUGGCUCUUCAACAAACACAGUCUGUUUUUGCUUUUCUGGAUAAGCACAAGUAAACCUUUCUCCUCAACACUUCCUGUCUUACUGUUCUUCUAUUGCCUCAACCUUCCCUUUUCUCUUUUGUCUUCCCUUUUGUGAGCGUUGCUUAUUCAGUCUGUGAAAAUGGACGACACAGAGCCAGUGCAACCCAGCCUCAACUCCUCCUAUAUUCCCACUGGUCUUGGCAACCACCAAGUAUCUGAGGAUGAGGAGAGCGAAGACCCCUCUGCAUCACUCUUACCCAAACAUUCGUCAGUGCCUCUGGCCGUGCGCUACAGCCCAGAGGACUCUUAUUGUUUGGUGUACAUAAUCUUCUUUCUGCUGGGCAUUGGCUCCCUGCUGCCCUGGAACUUCUUCAUAACAGCCAAACACUACUGGCUCUACAAACUGAGUAACAACACUGAUCGCAGCGGUAAUGAGGAGCAACGUUCAGACCUCAGUGACUACUUUGAAAGUUAUCUGGCCAUUGCCUCCACGGUGCCCUCAGUGCUGUCUCUGAUACUCAACUAUCUCCUAGUCAACAGGUUGUCUUCCAACGUGCGGAUCCUGUCGUCUCUUUUUGUCAUCCUGUUGGUGUUUGUGCUGACCACGGUGCUAGUGAAGAUAGACGUGUCUGACAGCCGGGUGGAGUUCUUUAUUGGCACGCUGGCCUGUGUGGCUGUCGUCAGCGGAGCCUCCAACCUCUUCUCUGGCAGCGUGUUCGGGAUCAGUGGGCAUUUCCCAAUGAGGAUUUCUCAGGCCCUUAUAUCAGGCCAGGCAAUGGGAGGCACGUUGAGUGCAGUAGCUUCAAUAGCAGACCUGGCAUUGGCGAAGGAUGUGACAGACAGCGCUCUGGCCUACUUCCUGACAGCUGACAUCUUCAUCCUGCUCUGCAUCAUCACAUAUCUGCUGCUGCCCAAGCUGGCAUAUUCAAGACACUACAUGCUGGCAGCAACAUGCACCAGUUCAGGAGUGAUGAGCGAGGGGGGAGCAGCAGAGGGAGCAAAAGUCUCCGUCCCACCACUACAGCCUAUCCUCAGGAAGACGUGGGUGCUCGGCUUAAGUGUCUUCUACGUCUUCUGCAUCUCUAUCAUGGUGUUCCCUGCAGUAUCCUCAGGAAUCCAGUCUGUCCACAAAGACAGCGGCAGCCCCUGGACAACCACUUACUUUGUGCCCCUCACCAGCUUCUUCCUGUACAACGUGGCAGACUUUUGUGGCAGGCAGGCCACGGCCUGGCUGCAGGUCCCUGGUCCCACCAGCCGAGUCUUGCCUGUACUGGUGCUAUGUCGCACCAUCAUGGUGCCACUUUUCAUGUUCUGUAACUACCAGCCGAGGGACCACCUCCACACUGUGCUUUUCACCCAUGAUUUGUACCCUGUGGUCUUUAACUGCCUGCUAGGCCUUACUAAUGGCUACUUAGGCACUCUGCCAAUGAUCUAUGGCCCUAAGGUGGUACCUCGGGAGCUGGCAGAGGCCACAGGAGUGGUCAUGUCCUUCUUCCUCACUCUGGGACUGGCUGUUGGAUCUGCUUUUUCAGUGCUUAUUGUGCACUACAUCUGACCAAGCAGUUACUAAGCAAUGACUUAGUCAUUUACAGUGGUAUAAUGGUAUUCAAAGGGCAGUAGCUGGGCAGUGACAAAUACCAGAACUGUGACUGUGAUACAAAGCGCACAAGUGACGUCAGUUGUUUGCCAUGAGGGAAAAGUGCUGAUAAGCUUCUCAUUUCCACUUUUCACCAUAAAGCCAUGACUCCUUCAUACCUCACAUUAAUGUGUGUAUUGUUUACACUGAUGUGGCUCAUGAUGUGAACCUCAGGGCUCUGUCCGCCAUGACUUGGUCUCUACAUAUUAGAGAUCAGGAAGGUGCUUUCCAAGCAACAUGAGCAAUCUCUGUAAUCAGGGACACUUGAUUUAACAAAGCUAUUUUUUAUUACACACAUUUUGAACACAUUGAUUUACUUUAAAUGGGUAAAAUACUGUGGUAUAUAAUAAGUUAUGCAGAGGGUGUUAUUAUUUUAGUUAAACUUUAAUAAAAACAUGCAGAUGGAAAAGAAUGACCACAUCUGGUUGAGGGACAGCUGGAAUACGCGGCUAAUUUUUGAUGAACAUGUGGAUUUGUAUUUGCUCUGUAAACCUUGUAACUGAAUUUGGACAGCCUGACCAUUUCCAGUAACAUUUAUUUUGGUCAUCAUUUUCAAAUGUGCACUUGAGUCCAUUAGAAGUAAACCUGUAAAUAUUUGAUCUUAUUCCUACAAGCCUUUGUCUGCUUGUUAAAUAAUUAUACCAUCUUUGCAACUUGGGCACAAUUAACCUUCUGUUCUCUUUACUUCUCAAACUACAAAUAAUGUACUAAAUUACAGUUAACUUUUUUUAUUUUGUUUUUUUUAAAGUUCACUGUUGUACAUUAUCUAUCUGAAACAAUGUUUGACCCAAGUUGAUAGUGAGCUGGACUAAAGCAAAUACCUCUUAGGAGAAAUUAAUGUAGACACUUUUUGUAGUCCAUUUGGAAAGUCAGGAGCAACAUGCAGAUUACAGACAGUUUUGUCACAGUAUUAUAUACACAAGUAUAGGUAUUGUAUAUGGAAAGUUAAGGAGUGUUCUUUAAAUGACCCAGACAUGACAGGAAUACUUGGGAUUUCAGUUUCCAGCAAAAGAAAAUAAAUGGAACCAAGUGGA